UGAAGGAACAGACGGAGAUUGCUUCCUGUUAGCCCACAAACCACAUCAGCUUGACUCCUUGACAGGGAGGCAGCUCUUUCGCCUUAUUUAUAACUCAUUUGUAUAUUUUCACACUUUAUGUUGCUUAUUAGUCGUGCUUCAAUGACGAACCUUUCGUUGGCGGGCGUCAUCGCCGUCUGCGUCUUUUGGUGAUGGACGAGCGGCCUUUGGAGGCGAGCGACGAAGAGCGAGUCGUGUUGCGAGAAGACACCCGUCGGCGGAGAAGGAAGAAGGCCAUCAUGGCGUCCGCCUGCAGCUCCAUGGAUCACAUCACCGUGGAGUUCGUACUUCCCACUACGGCAAGGGGCGGGGCCGGCCCCGACUCUCUGCAACUGGAGGUGGCGGGCAACUGGACGGUGGAACAGGUGAAAGCUCAGGUGUGGCUGAAGGCGGUGACGUCCAAUCUCUGUCCGGAAUUCUACCAGCGCUUUUCUCCGGACCACUGCAUCCUGCUCUACCAGAAGAAAGGCAACAUGUGUGAGAUCUACGACAAGCACCAAGUCUUCCAGACGCUGGACUGCAUCCGCUACUGGAAAGCGUUGAAGAAAGAGGUGGGCCGGAUCAAGCUGGUUCCUCAUCCGCAGCCGUCAGACAGGACACUUCAGUACCAGCACUACCUCAACUACUUGAUUGGCUACGACGUCACCGACGUCAGCAACGUGCACGACGACGAGCUGGAGUUCACCCGCAGGAAGCUGCUGACGCCGCGGCGCGUCCAGCUGAUGGACCGCGAUGCCAAGCUGUACUCCAUGGACCCCUGGGUGACACACAAGCCGCUGCCCGAGCACCUUUUAGGGAAGGUCAGCAAUGGCCACAUCCUGGCAGUAAUCCACUUCAGCACAACCAGUCACACCAUCAAGGUGUCCAUUGAAGACACGCCAGCACAGGUUUUAGCCUGCUUCUUCUCCAAGACCGCCAACAAAAGAGGGGUGCUGGGCAUCCCUGACGACAUGUCCGAGUCAGACUUUGUGUUGAGAGUGUGUGGCAGGGAGGAGUACCUGUAUGGAGAUAAACCACUGCAGAACUUCAACUGGAUCCGUCAGCGUCUGAAAAAGGGCGACGAGAUCCACUUGUCUCUGGAGAGGCCGCCCUGUCCGGAACUGGAUCUAGUCCACGAGGAGGACUGGGCCCAAGUGGACGACUGCACGGGUGUUGCAGGCACACAUGAGCAGUUGACCAUCGGCGAGAAGGACUACGAGCGAGUGUUCACCAUCUCCAUGUGGGACUGCAACAGGAAGUUCAGGGUGAAGGUGCUGGGGAUCGAUAUACCCACACUGCCCAAAAUUCCAGACUUUGUCGUGUUCAUCGAGGCCAGCAUCUUCCACAGUCAACAGCUUCUCGCCCAGGAGAGGACGAGCCCCAAAGCCUUCAAUGAAGAAGUGCUGUGGAACAGUUGGUUGGAGUUUAACAUUAAAAUCAAAGACCUGCCCAAAGGUUCCAGGCUCAACCUCCAGGUGGUCUGCAGGAAGCAGCCGCAGACUCCCAACUCAAAAGGAUGUUCCCAGCAGGAUAACACAGCAGGAAGUGGAAACCAUGACGGAAAGACCAAGAGCCGGCUCUUGUACUACGUCAACCUGCUGCUGAUCGACCACCGCUCGCUGCUGCGUCAGGGCGAGUUUGUGCUCCACAUGUGGAAAAUGCCGGAGAAGAGCGAGGAGAGCAGCAGCAGCAGCAUCAACGCCGACAAACUCACGUCCGCCACCAACCCGGACAAGGCCUCGUCCAUGGCCAUGGCCAUUUUACUGGACAAGUACUGCUACCCCGUGGUGCUUCCCAAGAGCCGCGACCUGGGCCGGGAUGGCGGCGCCGCGCCCGAAGAAAGCGAAGCCGGGGAGCGAGGCCAACGUGAGAUGCCCAACCAUCUGAAGAAGCAGUUUGCAGCCAUCGUGGCCACCGACCCUCUGCACCCGCUCAGUCCGGAGGACAAGGAGCUGCUCUGGCACUUCCGCCAUGGGUGCAUGCGGGAUCCCAGGGCCUACCCCAAGCUGCUGUCCUCAGUCAGGUGGGGCAAACAGGAAGACGUGCUGGCCACCCACCGGCUGUUGGAGCGCUGCACCGCCUGGGACAGCAGCGUUUUGGACGUUGGCUUGGCCAUGCAGUUGCUGGACUGCCACUACUCGGACGCUCAGGUUCGCUCUAUGGCGGUGAGGAAGUUGGAGACGCUGGAGGACGACGACGUGCUCAGAUACCUCCUGCAGCUUGUCCAGGCAGUCAAGUUUGAGCCAUACCAUGAUAGUGCCCUGGUCAGGUUCCUGCUCAAGAGAGCUCUCAGGAGUAAGCGUAUCGGCCAUUUCCUCUUCUGGUUCCUGCGCAGUGAGAUCGCCCAGUCCAUGCAUUACCAGCAGAGGUAUGCGGUCCUGCUGGAGGCCUACCUGCGAGGGUGCGGCGAGUCCAUGUUGCAGGAUUUUGGUAAACAGGUGAAGGUGACCGAGGCUCUGCAGAAAGUGACCAGAGAGAUCAAGGUCAUGUCUCCGGACAAGUACGACGUCACAGCACAAGUGGUCUUCCAGAUGCGACAGAAGCUGGAGGUCCUGCAGUCGUCCGGUCUUCCGGAGGGUUUCAGAGUGCCGUAUGAUCCUGGACUCAGAGCUGGGGGCCUGCUGAUUGAGCAGUGCAAGGUGAUGGCGUCCAAGAAGAAGCCGCUGUGGCUGCAGUUCAAAAGGGCCGACCCCACCACUCUGUCCAAGGACCCCAUCGGCAUCAUCUUCAAACAUGGUGAUGACCUCAGACAGGACAUGCUCAUCCUGCAGAUUCUACUGAUCAUGCAGUCUAUCUGGGAGACCGAAUCUCUGGAUUUGUGUUUGCUGCCGUACGGCUGCAUCUCCACCGGGAACAGAAUAGGUAUGAUAGAGAUCGUCAAGGACGCCACCACCAUCGCUAACAUCCAGCAGAGUGUAGUGGGGAGCACCGGGGCCUUCAAGGACGAGAUCCUCCAUCAGUGGCUGCGGGACAAGUGUGUCAGCGAAGUGAAGUUUCAGCAGGUCUUGGAGAGGUUUUUGUACUCGUGCGGGGGUUACUGCGUGGCCACCUACGUCCUCGGCAUCGGCGACCGCCACAACGACAACAUCAUGAUCACGGAAUCUGGGAACCUCUUCCACAUCGACUUUGGCCACAUCCUGGGCAACUACAAGAGUUUCAUGGGCAUCAGCAAGGAGUGGGUUCCCUUUGUGCUCACGCCCGACUUCCUGUACGUGAUGGGCACUUCCGGAAAGAAGAGCAGCCCCCACUUCCAGAAGUUCCAGGACGUGUGCGUGAAAGCCUACCUGGCUCUUCGCCACCACACCAACCUGCUCAUCAUCCUCUUCUCAAUGAUGCUGAUGACAGGCAUGCCUCAGCUCACCAGCAAGGAGGACAUCGAGUACAUCCGUGAGGCGCUGACGGUGGGCCGGGGGGAGGACGAGGCGCGGCGCCACCUGCUGGACCAGAUUGAGAUCUGCAGAGAGAAAGGUUGGAUGGUGCAGUUCAACUGGUUUGUGCACCUGGUGCUGGGCAUCAAGCAGGGUGUGGAGAAGCACUCCACUUAGGGAGCUUUCACCAACUUCUAAUCACACUUUGUUUUUUUUUACAUUUUGAAUUAUUUGAUCAAUUUCAUUAUUUUUCAUUCAUUUAAGUCAUUUUAAUGUUUAGCAAAAUGAAUAUGGAAAAUAAAAUACAGCUUUUUUGA